AUGAGCUUCAAUCUGGACGCACUCUUCCACGACCCUGAUGACUUGCGUUCUGGGAAAUUGUCGCUUAGUCUGUCAGUGUCCAAAGCGUCUACUGUAGAGCCCGUCGGUGGCCUAUGGCACGAGAACGUAGUCGAUGAAGAGCAGGAAGCGAAAGACGGUGAAGAGGCCCGUCUGAGAACUACCAUCGCAACCUUGAGUCAGCAAUGCGAAUACUGGAAAGGGCAGGCUGAGAAACGAGGCAAGACCAUCGACGAUCUAGAUCGAAGGACUGCCAAGACCGCUGCUGGGUCUGAUCUUCCGACUGACACCGUACGCCGUCUCAACCGCCUCGAAAGCGAGGUCACGCGUCUGCAAUCCGAAAACACGCAGCUGAAGGACACACUAAAGACCAUCGAGUACGAAAAUGUCAAUCUGGGCAAUCAGAACGAUGGAAAGACGCGGAAGCUAAAGGGUGCCAACAAGAAGGUCAAGAUUGCUAAGGACAUGGUGGGGAAGGAGGAAGAGAAGGCCAAAGACGCUCAGGGUGAUAAGCAGCGCCACCUCGCAUCCGAACGCAGGAUGAAGAAAGAACGCGGUGAUGCUUUGGCUGCACUACAGCAACAGGGAAAGCUCAACGGUGACCUGCGUGCGGAGCUUGAGGUCGAGCAGUCUGGUGCACCUCACAUGCGCGAUGUUGCUGCGGACCCGAACAACACCACUGCCAUCAUCCCGAUUCAGUUCGAUAUCCGUCGCACCGAUGUGCAGCCGAUGAUGAGGGUUCUUGAGUCGCACCAGAUGAAUCUCACCGAAAGGUUCAAAGAGUGGUACAAGGACUGGAAGAAGGCAUCUACCAUUGAGGUAUGCAAAGUAGUCGGCUCGGAAGGUGUGGAUGACGAGAAGAAGAAGCUCGAGAAGCUGUAUGGAGAUAUGGUUGAGAUGCCUGAUGGUUACAUGGAGACUGCGGCUGAGCACGAUGGUUGGCGUUCUAAGCGCGCUGUCCAGGCGGUUUGUCGUCAUGCUGAAGCGCGACACAACGGAGAGAUGUAG